GAAGAAGGAGAUGAGUAAACGCGCAGAUUUGGAACGUUGUGACACUGCCGCAUUCCCUUAAGUUACCGCAAUUUCUUUCACAAGAUAGUGUGGGUUAAAAUUGGAAGCCUCCAUUUGUUUCUCCUGCUGCUUUAUUUGCUCCCUUCCGAGUGUUAGCUUAAAAAUGGCUUUGCGGUAUGGAUCCCGUCCAGUCAUCUCGACGCUCUACAGGUUUUUGCCUACACCAGGCAUUCGCUCUGCGACCUCUCAUUCCCACGGCUCAGGUGAACUGGGCAGCGGUGCCGGGCGCGGCGGUGGCGCAGGAGGUACUGUUCGCGAGGCUGGUGGAGCCUUUGGGAAAAUGGAAGCGGCGCGUGAAGAAGAGUACUUUAAGAAAUUGAUGACAGCUCAGCUUCAUUUCCUGAAGAAGUACUCGGAAGAAGAGCUGAAACAUCACGAACUACUGAUUAAGAAGCACGAAGAGGAAAUCAACAGACACAAGAAGAUGAUCAAGGAUAUAAGGAUGAAGCUGAAGAAGGAGAAGGAAGAAAGCAAUUAAUUAAGCGUUAUUUAGAAAGUUACACGCUGUGGUCAAUGGGCGUGACAAGGAAGUCGUACACGAAUCAACGCUGCCAUGUUUGCAGCGCAGAAAGAGUAGAAUGUACGCGCAAUACGUGAAAAAAAUUAAAUCGUCUAAAUAUAA